AAACUGCAACCCUUGUCGUCUCUCCUUCUCUCGCAACCAAUUGGCUGAUUCCCAUAGGAUUUCUCUUUCUAAAAUUUUUUUUUUCUUGAUUUCAUCCCGUUUUGUUGGAGGGUUUCUGUGGGAUUCUGCUCUCUGUUAUCGCAUAUAUUUUAUAUACAACUCCAGCGUGGAUGAUUUAAUAAGGAUGAAUGGUGGUAAGCAGAAGUCUAGUAGCAGUAGUAGUUCUUUACAGUACGAAGUUCCCCUCGGCUACAGCAUUGAAGACGUUCGCCCCAACGGUGGCAUCGAGAAGUUCCGAUCUGCUGCUAACUCCAGCUGCGUGAGGAAACCAUCCUGAGAUCGUCCCAGCAAAAUGUCCCCUUCUGUCUUAGACUAGGAUUUCUUAAUUGGUCUUUUUUUCUUCCUUUUUUUUUUUUUUUUUUUUCUCCAGUUUUCCGUUCUUAGGCCUUAGCACCCAAAAACAACAAAACUUCCAGCAACAUUGGAGCAAAAGCCCUGUUUAGUUUUAAGCAAAAUGGACUCAUCACCACCUCCUUCCCCAAUCGGGUUUGAAGGCUUUGAGAAACGUCUCGAAAUCACCUUUUCACAUGGAUCCAUUUUCCAAAACCCUAGCAGGCUUGGGCUUCGAUCAUUAUCUCGGGCCCAGCUCGACUCCAUCCUCGAGCCCGCCUGCUGCACCAUUGUCUCCCACCUCUCCAACGAGCACUUCGACUCUUAUGUUCUCUCAGAGUCUAGCCUCUUUGUUUACCCAAACAAGGUCAUCCUCAAAACCUGCGGCACCACCAGGCUCCUCCUCUCCAUCCCACCAAUCCUCAAAUUUGCUCAUUCUUUGUCAUUCACUGUUUAUCGCGUCAAUUACUCCCGUGGCUUCUUCAUCUUCCCCGAGUACCAGCCAGCCCCUCACCGCAGCUUUUCCGAGGAAGUUGCUCUGUUGAAUGAAUUCCUCGGAGACCUAAUCUCCAAAGCUUAUGUGAUCGGUGAUCCGAACUUUCCCAAUCGGAGCUGGCACAUUUACUCAGCCGUAGCGGGAGCAGGGAAGCCAUUGAUGAACGGCGACGAGGACGACGUGGCCACUCUGGAAAUUUGCAUGACAGGAUUGGAUAGAGAAAAGGCCGCCGUGUUUUUCAAGAGAUCGGGGAAUUAUUCGGCAAGAGAAAUGACGAAACUCUCCGGGAUUUCUGAUAUAAUCCCGAGUCACGUGAUUUGCGAUUUCGAGUUUGACCCAUGUGGAUACUCCAUGAACGGGAUCGAGGAAUCUGCUUAUUCCACCGUGCACGUGACCCCAGAAGAUGGGUUCAGCUACGCUAGCUACGAGGCCAUGGGGCUUGACACCGGAUCAGUUAAAUUAGAGGGUGUGGUUGGUCGGGUGCUGAAAUGCUUCUGGCCAAGUGAAUUUUCUGUUGCAGUCACGUGCCGUGGUGAGUCCCGGCGGUGGGCUGUGGAGGGCGGUGACGUGGAGGGGUACACAUGCGAGAACACUGUGAAUCAAGAGCUGCCAGGUGGGUGGUGCGUGGUGUAUCGGAACUACACGAUGAAGAACAUAGGAUGCCGCGUCCGGACAUCGUCUAGGGUGAACAUGCAGUGCUGGAAGGAGGCGGCGGUGGAGGAGGAAGAAAUGGGCGGCGCCGUCGUUUGUCCUUUUGUGUCGCCUUAAAACAAUAAGUAAUUAAGUACUCGAUAUUUCCGUUUGUUGUCAUUUUAUUUUUCUUUCGGCAUUAUGUAAUUUUUAUUUUAUUAUGCUCUUUUUGGUUUAUGGGCUUUUGUUUAGGCCCAGACUGGAACUGGUUUUUGCUUUUUAAGAUUGAAAAGCCAAUGGAAAUUUUAAAGCCCAAGUUUUCUAGUAGUACCGUAGUCCUUUUUUAGAGAUGACUCUGCUUUUGUGUUUUUCUCCCAUUUCAAGUACCUGAACUGGAGCACGAUUUAAGAAAAAUUGCAUCAAUUG